CUCUCUUCUCCAAAUUUUGUGCUAACAACUCAUCGAUCGAUCCCACACAAACUAAAUUUAUUAUGGGAGAUUUGGAAACUUUGGCCAAAGCAAGAAGAGAACUAGAAGAUUUGUAUCUUGGAGUUCCUGAUGCUUCUGUCAACCUUACUUUUGAAGACCUUUCUAAAGUCAUGAUGUCUGAUGUUUCUGAACCUUUGCCUAAUUCAUCACUUACCAGAUUGCCCAGCUUAGACUUUAACAGAGCUUUUAAAAAUAUUGUUAUUGAAAAUAAUUAUCAUACUAAUAAUCAUGUUUAUCAAGAUUACCGUCGCGCGCAAAACCAUGGUCACCAUGUCAUGAAGGAGAAUGACAUGUUGCAUGGACGCCAUAGUGACCGUCACCAUAAUCUUCAUCAUGGUUAUGGCGGCCAUGGAGGUUAUCAUCAUCGUGAAAUGGAUGGACAUGGAAAUCAUCAUGGGCAUGUCGUCGGAGGUCAUUAUCCUUACGGCUCACAUGGGAGGAUGCAUGUAGUAGGGAACAGCAUGAGUUAUGAUCAUGACAUGAGUCAAAUGAGUGGGAUAAGCACGGUAUCCACGGGCGGGCGUCAUUACCCGGGACGGCGGCGACCAGGGAUUCCUCACUCCAAUAUUUGUACAAUUUGCACCACCUACAUCUACCUCUUUCGUCACCGCUGUCUGGUAUGUGGAAGAGCCUACUGCAGGCAAUGCGUUCGCAUGGGCAUGGGAGAGAUGCCAGAAGGUAGAAAAUGUGUUGAAUGCUUGGGAAAAAGAUUUAGUCAAAGGUACAUAAAAAGAGCAGGAGAGAUGGGGUGUUGCAUGGGCUACCCAAGUAGGGUGAAGCAACAAGAGCUUAUAUGGGCCGAAAAGGGGCCGAGGAGAGUAGUGGCGGGCCAGAGUAGCAUGAUGAUGUCCACAUCAAGAAGCCCAUCUCCAAUUAUGGCCCAUUCACUGAUGGGCUCCCCUUAUUCACCUUACUCCUCCUCGCCUCACCACCCUCUUCCAUUGUAGCUGUAGGAACACAAGUCAUUCCUGUCUGAUUCUCUUUGAUUUCAUAAACAACACUAUUUAGUUA